AUGAACAACGUUCGUCUCAGAGCUCGAAGUGCGAGAAUUUCCGCCGAACGCGAUGAUGAAAUUCCUGGCUGGAACCCAUUUCUACGAGGCAGACGAUGGGCCGACACUGGGUCCAAUAUAUACGAUCGCGGAGGGAGGGAUGUGGAAUCUGGAAGGGUAGAGAGUGACGCACGCAUAGAAGCAGUCCAUACACACUCGGACACUGAAAUCGUUAAGAUUUCUCCAGACGCGGAGUCUUUAUUCCCCAUACCAACCAAAGGGGAGAAUGUUGCCAGGCCACAGUCCGCUGGUGCUUUAGAUACUGAAAAAAUCACAAGCUCUAUCGUCGGAGAGCAACAUACCCGGUACCGUUUCCCACAUUCCAUACCCGCAGCCAAUCCAAGAAUUAGUGAAAUCGACACAGGAAGUGAGCAUGCGAGAAUACGCACAUCACUAUCUGUACAGUUGGUCAAGCAAAUAGUGGCAAUUUUCUGCUCGUCAUGGUUGUCGCUUCUUCUCCCCUUUGUGCUAGCAGGAUUCGCUUCAAAUUAUACCAAUUUACCACUGGUCGUCAAUUUUAUACUAAAUUUCCUCGCUAUCUUUCCAAGUGCUUCUAUUGUUGGUAUGGCUAUGGACGAAGUGAUGCUGCGUGUUGGAAACACUGUUGAUGUGUUAAUUUAUAUGACUUUCGGAAAUAUCGUGCAACUAGGCACUUCAAUCCUUCUACUUAAGACUCACCAAGUGGAGAUUUUGAAGACUUCACUAGUUGGGGGAAUUCUUGGUGGAGUUCUGUUGAUAAUGGGAGCAAGUUGUUUCGCGGGUGGAAUCUAUCGACUGGAGCAGUUCUUCAAUGUAAAUUCUGCAAGCUACGUUGCCAAUUUUUUAACAUUAUCUGUGGCUAGCUUGAUCAUUCCAACGGCAUCUCAUGUUUUUGCCAAUUCAGAUACGGAGAAAAUCGCAGCACAAUCUCGAGGAACUUCGAUCGUGCUUUUGUUUGUGUAUGGCAUUUAUCUAUUUUUUCAGCUGAAAACACAUGCACAUGUCUUUAAUCUAGAAGUCAAUAUGGUAAUCUCAGAACUCUCAACCGGUUUGAUAAGUGCUGACUUGAUCAAGUCCACCAACAAUGUACCAAAAACCAGUGUUGCCGGAGAGGGCGUAGUUACUCAAAUUCGAACCUCUCCUCCAUCAAUCGUGUCCUCAAUAGACGAGAAAGAAGAUCCCCAUUUAUCUCUGCCGAUCGGUUUAAUUACGCUCAUAAUCGGAACAAUCGUUCUCGCCUUCAACACUACUUUCGCUAUCGACAGUAUCGAUGGCUUGACAGCACAUCACGCCUCGCCCAGUUUUGUUGGCCUAAUUCUCCUCCCUUUGCUCAAUAACGAUCUCAUGCCAAUUACAUGUGCACGCAUGGACAAAUUAGACUUGAGCAUUAUGGCAUCGGCCGGCAAAUCCCUUCAGACUUCCUUACUAAUCACACCUCUCAUCGUAAUCAUCGCUUGGAUUUGGGGUAUCGAUGAUAUGGGGUUGUUGUUUGAUGGAUUUCAGGUGGCUUCGUCGUUCAUGGCGGUUUUACUUUUUAAUUUCCUUAUUGCAGAGGGGAAGAGUAAUUAUCUACAAGGUGUUUUACUACUUUCAAUAUAUGUUAUGAUUGCCAUAGCAGCUUGGUACAAUUGA